AUGAAUACAUUUAAUAGUAUAUCUACUGUAUGCAGUAAGCUAGAUCCACCUGUAGACUAUUUAGGACAGCACUUAGUCAAUAGAUUACGUCAUACUAUUCUUAUUAUAAGUAUAAUAAUAUCAUUUAUACUGGGAUAUAUUUAUAAUAAUAUAUUUAUAAUGGGGGGUGUAUAUGUAAUAUUAUGUUUAGUUUGUGUUAUAAUUACAGUGCCUGCAUGGGGUAUGUAUAGAAGGAAUCCAAUAUACAAGAUACAAUAA